AUGGCACCAUGUUCAAGCAACGAUGACCAAAUGACAUUCCAAGUCGCUGCACAGAAUCUACCCCCAGAACUACUCCUCAGCGUACUACAGCAUUGGCUCGGCCAACAACGCAUCGUAAUCGAUGGCUCCGCCCAUCCUCAUUACACACUAUCGUACACCAAUCCUGAAAACAUCGAUCCUUUCGCCACCAUCUCCAGGACCAGCGAUGUGCCGUCAUUCAUUUUCCAAGAAUACUUUCGGUCUCGGAUCCGCUCCUGGCUGACCGACGCCAAAGAGUUCUCCGACCCAACAACAUUCUACAUGAGCCAUCUCCUGAUGAGUUUGAAGAUGAAGGACCGCAUAGGCUGGUACUAUCUACCCAACCAGCCAUGGGAUGCCAUUUGCCAGGACCCGAAACUCUCCUUGUCGACGAAGUUUCCUGUGAUAAACGAUCGCGGUGCGCAAUACGCUCGUAUGAAGCAUCUCUCAUCGCUCCACGGACUAGAGAAGAUCAAACUCGACUUCACGGCUGAACAAUACUUCGCCAUGUUCGACGUCGCGGUACCACCCUUCCACUACCGCGACGGUGCAGUUGCCGGCGAUAACUUAUAUCGCGACGAAUUCUGCCAUGGCGCCGGCCAUUUCCUUUUGCACACAAAGGAACUCGAGAUCCAUUUCGGCGAUGCAUACAAGCAGGCAAACCCCUGGUACGACGUCGGAGAAGCUGCUUGGUGCGAGAAGAAUCCGGUCUGGAACUACGCGGAAGCAAGGCUACGCCCGCACGUGUGUGAUAGUGGCUUGGUCAUUGACUGGAUACUGGAGUAUGCUUGCCGUGGGUGA